UUUGGGGAGCACGGCAAAUAAAACAAGUGCAGUGGUGUUCAAUGAACUCAAACUAUGGCAACUGUAUAGAUGGGCCGUAUGUUUUCGAUAGCAAAGCCAACAAUAAUCAAAACAACAUUCAAUACAUUGGUGAUAAAACUUCAGACUGUUCUCUUUUGAUCAGCGAUAUAAAUGUGGCACAUUCUGGAGAGUAUAAAUUCAGAAUCGUAGCAAGUGAUGAUCGGUGGACUGGAUAUCCUGGGGUGCACGUUUCAGUACAUGAUUUAAAAGUCUCCAUGUCCAGGUCAAGAAUAAAUGGAAGCACAAUAACUGGAGACUCUGUGAAUUUGUCUUGUUCACUGGACUGUCCUGAUGAUUUAUCAGAGGUUCAGUGGUUUAAGAACGGUGAACUGAUGAAACAGACAAACCCAAUCCUCAUCUUCAACAGCAUCAUUGCUGAAGACUCUGGAAAUUACUCUUGUUCUUUGAGGAACUUUACAAACACUUUAUCUAAGGAAUUUAGCAUUUACAUUGAAGAUGUUUCUGAGUCCUCAUCUCUUCUGAUCAUUGUACUGCCUUUAGUCUCAAUUGUGUUCAUCAUUGCAUUGUUUUUAUCGAUGCUUAUAUUAAGAGGGAAAGCAAACAUUCUAGAAAACCCAAAGGAAGAAGAAGAGGGAAUUCCUGAUUCUGAUUACACCACUCUGCAAAUAACUGCUGAAACUCAAGCAUCAGCUGUUUACUCUACGAUACACUGAGUGAGCAACAAAAGGAUGACAAAUACAGAUACAGAUGUCAAUAUUGAACCCAAGAUGUGAGCAAUCAAUUGCUGUGGUCAUUUUUUGUGUCAGUAACUGCAUUUUUUUUAAUCUGAGCUGAAGUUAUGGAGAUAAUGAGACACAUUUCAAUAUAUGUCAGUUUUAUCAAUAGAAAUUCUACAGGAGACACUAAAUCAGCAACAAAAGGAUGAAGUGUACUACAGAUAUUUCAACAUUAAACUAAAUAUGUGAGCACUCAAGUGUGGUUAAUAUAUCUUUCUUUAUAUUGUAAUGGCAUUUUUAUUCUUACCAAAUUCAUGGAGAAAAUGUGACAUAUUUUGGGUCCAGCUUAUCAGUUUGAGAGUAUGUAACUGUAUUGAUCAUCUGUAAAUUAAUUUUUAAU